AUUACAAUUAUACAUACAUACUUCAGUUGUUACCGGGAAUAGCCGGUGGCCAUACGGUUUCUGGAAACCCUAUAGCUCUUCGUCUUUCAAGUCUUUGCACUUUGUUCCUUGUUUUGAUGGGAGAAGAAAGAAUCUGUGUUGUUCACUCUGAGCCACAUCACUGUAGCGAGAGAGAAACAAAGAAAGAACCAAAGAAGGAAUUUGAGUGUGCGUGCUGCGAAACCAAAACCCAAAAAGCCACACAAAACCCAUACCUCAAUUCCCAUUCAUUAAAAUCUCACUUCACGUAUCUAACUCACUAUAUGGAUACACAUAGAUAGAACAAACUCAACCACUUUCUCUCUCUCUCUCUUUUUCUUUAUCAUGCUUCUUCAGAAUAACAUCACCAUAACUACUACACAUACCCUUUCCUCCCGUUAACUCCUUUUCUCUCUAACUUGUGUUGAAGAGCUUCGUUUUCAGCUUUUGUGUUUUUGUUUGCUUGGUCUUUUGCUAUGGCCGAGGGUUUUGAGGCUUACCAUGUGCCACAACAAAGCAGAAGAGAUAAGCUAAGAGUUGUGGCGACGCAGAACCAACAUGGUCUCGUUGAGCCCUCGACUUUGCUUCCUUUGUACGACCCUUCUUCGUUCAUAUCUUCUGAUUUGUUAACGAGUUUCCACAACAACCAGAAACACAACCUGGGUUGUGGUGUGAAGGAAGAACGUUCGAAUUUGAUGAUGGGUUUUGCAGCAGGAGGAGGAGGAGUCAUGAACAAUGGCUCUUCUUCUUCCUCGUGCUGCUCCUCUAACUCCUCUUCGGUUUCUUACUUGGAUCCUGAAUCGUCUUUACCUUUGAACCAAGCUACAAUUCAGGUUAUUAACAACAACAACAAUAACAGCAGCAGCAACAACAUGUUUCUCUACCAAGCACAGAACCUGAGAGAGUUCGAUCAGGGUUAUAAUAAUAAUAAUACUAAUAAUAGUGAGAUCAUGGUGUUUAAGCCUGAGCCUUUGUCUUUGUCUCUCUCAUCGCACAACAACAACAGUGUGAAUCUUCAGCGAUAUGGAUCUGUGGUUUAUGGUGAAAAGGUUGGUGGGGUUGGUGGUGGUGGUGGAUGUGUGGUUUAUGGUGGUUCUGGGUUGAGUGAAGUUUCGAGGGGCACAGUGCCAAUGGGGCCAUUUACCGGCUAUGCUUCUAUAUUGAAGGGAUCGAGGUUCUUGAAGCCUGCGCAGCAAUUAUUGGAAGAGUUAUGUGAUGUUGGUGGAGUUUGUGCUGAGAAGAUGGUGGCUGAUGCAUCGUUGAUGGAGCCUAUUCCUCCUCCUGAGAGUUCAAGUGAAGAUCCACUAGGGGAUCAUGGGGGUGAUCAGGGUCGCAAAAAGUCAAGGCUGUUAACUAUGCUUGAUGAGGUUUACAGGAGGUACAGGCAAUACUAUCAGCAGAUGCACGCAGUAGUAACAUCAUUUGAGUAUGUUUCUGGCCUCAGCAAUGCAGCUCCCUAUGCAAGUUUGGCUAUAAAAGCCAUGUCCAAACAUUUUAGAUGCUUGAAGAAUGCAAUUACUGACCAGCUUCAGUUUGCCAAUAAAGCUCAUUUUCACAUCAGCAACAGGAAGGAUGAAUCUCCAAGGUUUGGCAACAGUGAUAGAGGCCCUUACAGUCAAAGGCCAGGGUUUCUUGAGCACCAACCUGUCUGGCGGCCUCAAAGAGGACUCCCCGAGCGUGCUGUCACUGUUCUUCGAGCAUGGUUGUUUGAGCACUUUCUGCACCCUUAUCCCACUGAUACUGACAAGCUAAUGUUGGCUAAACAAACUGGUCUAUCUCGUAGCCAGGUGUCUAAUUGGUUCAUUAAUGCAAGAGUAAGGCUCUGGAAACCAAUGGUGGAAGAAAUACACAUGCUAGAAACACGUCAAGCUCAAAAGAAUCCACAAAAAGAAGAGCAUUGCAGGAACAAGUCAAGUGAUCAUUUGCCUUCUGAUAACUCCAUUGUUUCUGAGAAUCCAUCAUCCUCCACAGAUAAAUUUCAGGAAGCUCCUUACAAGCGCGCAAUAAACGAAGUUCCUAACAUUCCAGUUAGGACUCAGGAACAACUGAACCUUCCCUGCACAAGCAAUCAGGCAGGAGGGGGUGUUGGAGUGAGCAUGGGUGGUGGCAGUGCAAGCAACAGUGUGUCACUGACACUAGGCCUUUACCAAAAUCAUGGUAUUGGUUUGGCUGAACCUUUCCCUUUGAAUGCAGCUCAGCGUUUCGGUGUUGGUCUAGAAACCAACAAUGAAGGUUAUGUUAUGAGUGGUUAUGAGUCACAAAAUAGGCAUUUUGGAAGAGAUCUCAUUGGAGGACAACUGUUGCAUGACUUUGUGGGCUGAAGCUCUUCAAUAAUAUAACUUGCAUGGAGUUUUAAUAUGAUUGGGGUGAUAUAUACUAACAAUGUUUCUGUUGUGCCUUCAUGAAUUAUCUAGAGUUAGAAGAGGGAUUCGAAUAUUGCACUAUAUGGUGAUACUGGCAGUGAUGAAUGAACCUUCCAGUUAUGGGGAUUAACUGGUGUUUUUAUUGAGCUCACUUGUAUGAAGGUUGUAAAAUUAUUGUGUAAAUUCAUUUGAGGGUUGAGGGGGUGGGGAUUGAUAUUGUGUCAUAGGCUGAUCCAAUUCAUCCUUGUGUUGUUGACCUUAAAUGCUUGGAGUAAAUCCAAAUAUUCUGGCUGUUUCACCUGUUUGUAUGUUAUUUUUAUUUAUAUUUUAUACUGUUGUCAUCCAAACCAGGUAAAUGGAUUUAAAUUUGUAAUAUUUGAAAUCUUGUACAACAUGAUUGUACAAGUCAUGAUGUUAGUUACUAUCUUGGGGUCUUCAUAAUGCAAAUGUAGACCCUAUAUAUAUGGGAACUU